ACUGAAGCAAUGACGAUCGCAAAAUAAUAGCGCAACAGGUGUUUUGGUGCCACACUUGUCAUUUGUUGGUAGCUAGGUUUAUUUUUUUGAGUCAAAAUUUGUUUAGACUUAAUAUCAAUGUUUAUAUGACGUGUAUAUCUAAGAUUCUAAUGAAUUUAUCCUAGGCAAAUGUUUAAUUGAAAUAAUUUUUUUCAGUUAAGUGCACGUUAGAUAUUUUUUAAGCAUUAUGGAUGAAAUCAAGUAUAAGUAUGAAGUGGUAAUGAUUGUGUCAGGUUUAUUCAUGCUAUUAACUAUGUAUGAGCUUCCAGUUAACAGUUAUUUCGAAUCUUACGUAUAUUUCAGAAAUUUUCAAGAUGUCAUAAUCCAACUAACAAUGCCUUUAAUUUUACAAAUAAUUGUUCAAUCAUCCAGUGACGCUAUGUCUACACAUCCGUUAAAGUUAUUUUGGCUUUUAGACAUUAUCGAAUACUUGAUGUAUUUCACAACGUUUUAUCUAGUUCGUAGAAUUGUUUAUUUAUUAUACUCAAUAUACUAAUGUGUAUUAUACUUAAAAAAAAGUUUUAACUAUUUUUUUAUGUUAAUAAAUGUUGAUAAUAAAUAUUGUAUAUUUUAGUA